AAUGUGGAGCAGUAGCGGUUUGAUACGAGGGAAGAAGUCUUGGGGCCGCGUCUGAAUUCUUGGGUGUGCCACCGAAGGCGCGCAGUUGACAUCCGACACCAUUGUACCUUACAACAACACAUUCCGGUCUCUAUCUACUCUACGAUUGCUUUUCGCACACACCCUCGCUACUAGUACAUAUCGCAUCAUCUAUCAGAUCAUGUUUGCGAAAACAGGGCUUCUUCUACUGACCGCAGCGGCGGGCGUCGCAUGCGACUUCAUGGUCUAUACAGAACCGCCCAUUCCCACGUCCGCCAUACCAACCUUCGCCAACCCAUCUGAUGCCCAGAGCUGGACGACCUCUGUCUUCCUCAACGCGCAGAUAGCGUACGGUCGCUUCACAGAAUCCCUCGGGGAACCCUACCAAUCUUCUCUCACAUCCGCGCGCUCCGAAAUCGACGCCUUCGUUCGCACCGCCUCGAAUUACAGCAUCCCAGCUGAAGUCACCAUGGCCGACGAGACCCCUACAUACUUUUCAAAGCCAGAUUGGUAUACAGCGCUACCGAGUGCGGCGAGGUCGUUUAAGGAACAGCAGGUCAGCGAUCAGUUCAGCAUCGUGAGGAACGUUAUUGCGGCGAGGGCUACUUCUACAACCGGUUCCGAGGGAGCCGCGAUGCCGACUGCACUUGCUGGACAAUGGCUGGGGGCUGAGUUCGGCGUCAUGGCUGCGGCGGCUGCGGCUGCCUUCUUGUGAGGAAUACAAGAAUUUGACGAAGGGUACAUCACAUUUACACGGAUGUAGUUCUAGACUGCAAUCGUGCCCAGGAGGCACGCGUCACGAACAUGGGUUAUGCUGUAAAUGGAUUCAUGGCGCGAAGUAUGCUAAUGAACGCACCUGUACUCCCAAGGUGCAGUCAAAUCGAAUUCCAUCUACCAUGUAAUACAUUGAUCAGCGUAAGCAAACCAGAGAUGUAACAUGCUAGCACAUC